AUGUACUGGAAGCAUGAGAACGCCGCCCCGGCGCUGCCCGAGGGCUGCCGGCUGCCGGCCGAGGGCGGCCCCGCCACCGACCAGGUGAUGGCCCAGCCAGGGUCCGGCUGCAAAGCGACCACCCGCUGCCUUGAAGGGACCGCGCCACCCGCCAUGGCUCAGUCGGACGCUGAGGCCCUGGCCGGCGCUCUGGACAAGGACGAGGGCCGGGCUUCUCCCUGUACGCCCAGCACGCCUUCCGUCUGCUCACCUCCCUCUGCCGCCUCCUCCGUGCCGUCCGCCGGCAAGAACAUCUGCUCCAGCUGCGGCCUGGAGAUCCUGGACCGCUAUCUGCUCAAGGUCAACAACCUCAUCUGGCACGUGCGCUGCCUCGAGUGCUCCGUGUGUCGCACGUCGCUGAGGCAGCAGAACAGCUGCUACAUCAAGAACAAGGAAAUCUUCUGCAAGAUGGACUACUUCAGCCGAUUCGGAACCAAGUGCGCCCGGUGUGGCCGACAGAUCUACGCCAGCGACUGGGUCCGGCGGGCGCGCGGCAAUGCCUACCACCUGGCCUGUUUCGCCUGCUUCUCGUGCAAGCGCCAGCUAUCCACAGGCGAGGAGUUUGGCUUGGUCGAGGAGAAGGUGCUCUGCCGUAUUCACUACGACACCAUGAUCGAGAACCUCAAGAGGGCCGCGGAGAACGGGAACGGCCUCACGUUGGAGGGGGCAGUGCCCUCGGAACAGGACAGUCAGCCCAAGCCGGCUAAGCGCGCCCGGACGUCGUUCACCGCCGAACAGUUGCAGGUUAUGCAGGCGCAGUUCGCGCAGGACAACAACCCAGACGCGCAGACGCUGCAGAAGCUUGCGGACAUGACGGGCCUCAGCCGAAGGGUCAUCCAGGUGUGGUUUCAAAACUGCCGAGCGCGUCAUAAAAAGCACACACCGCAGCAUCCCGUGCCACCUUCCGGGGCGCCGCCGUCCCGCCUCCCCUCCGCCCUGUCCGACGACAUCCACUACUCCCCGUUCAGCAGCCCCGAGCGGGCUCGCAUGGUCACCCUGCACGGCUACAUCGAGAGUCAGGUACAGUGCGGGCAGGUGCACUGCCGGCUGCCUUACACCGCGCCCCCGGUCCACCUCAAAGCCGAUAUGGAUGGACCACUCUCCAACCGGGGGGAGAAGGUCAUCCUUUUUCAGUACUGA